UGUGCUUCUCAAUAAAAUGGCCUACUCAACCACGAGACAAGUGUAUGCUUAAUUCGUAAGCAAGUCUCAAUCGAAUUCCCACCAUCUAAUAUCGAUGUCCCACUUGGUACAUGCCUCCAAAUUUGCUUUUACUGUUCCAGGAUUCCAUUCUUACCCUCUACUUUUAUGUCAAAUGCAUUUAGUUAAAGGUUAGUUAUUAUUAUCCAUUCCUUUUUGUUUCUUCAAUCUCUUAUGGGCACCUUAGGUUUUGUAUCACAGCACAAGAAAUACUUGAUAUUCUUCUUGAACGUUUCAUUUCUCUUAGUAGGUAGUGUCAUUCUCUUGGUUAUAUAUUUCACCUCUUCAGAAUUUCUUGUUUCAAGCAGUUUUGAUAAUAAUCAACAAGACUGCAAGGUUCUAGAGAAGUUAGAUGGCUACAAAGCCAAAUGCCUUUACCUGAAAUCCGGUAACCGAUGUGUCUCUCAAGGCUAUAUUGACUAUCUUUACCUAUUUUAUUGCAGUUUUGGAAGAUUUCCCUUUCUGGGAUAUUUUCUCAUCUUUCUUUGGCUUUUGGUUCUCUUCUAUCUCUUGGGAAAUACAGCCUCUGAAUACUUCUGUUCUUCGCUUGAAAGCCUAUCGAGGCUGCUAGAUUUGUCCCCCACGAUUGCCGGAGUGACUCUCCUGUCUCUCGGUAAUGGCGCCCCUGAUGUUUUUGCCAGUUUGGUGUCCUUUAUGGGCAGUGGGACAAGUGACAUUGGCCUUAAUACAGUGCUAGGUGCGGCUUCUUUUGUGACUUGUGUUGUGGUUGGAACUAUAUGCAUUUGCUUGCAUAAAAGAAGUGUUCGAGUGAACAAAUAUGCCUUUAUCAGAGACGUUUGCUUCUUCCUUCUUGUUCUUGCAUCCUUAGUUGUGAUCUUGAUUCGCGGCAAAAUCAACCUGUGGGGGGCAAUUGGUUUUUCCUCGAUGUAUGUUGUUUAUGUGGUUAUUGUAUAUCUCUCAGUCAUUUGUUAUCAUAUAAGUGGCGAAGAAAGUGAAACAGAAGAAUCUGCAAGCUAUGGUGGUGAUCUAAGUGUACCUAUUCUAAUUGAAAAAAGAGAGUCUAAUUCUUUAGAGGAAGGAAAUUUAGAAGAUGUAACUUCUGCAGAGACCAGUAAUUGUUUCUUUUGUAAUAUGAUACUUUAUAUUCUUGAGAUGCCCCUUUAUUUACCUAGAAGACUGACAAUUCCUGUAGUUUGUGAAAAGAAAUGGUCAAAGCCAAUUGCGGUUACUUCAGUGACAUUGUCACCAAUUCUCGUGGCAGCCCUUUGGAAUCCUGAAAGCCUGAUGGUGUGUGGAAUUGGUUUAUUAACAGGAUUUGCUUUAGGGGUUCUUGCAUUUUUAACAACAGAGAAAUCAAGCCCUCCAAAAUACUGCCUAUUCCCCUGGCUGGCAGGAGGAUUCUUAAUGAGUAUGGUUUGGAGUUACAUCACAGCUCAAGAAUUGGUGGCCUUGUUGGUUUCAGUUGGGUACAUUUUGGGCAUAAAACCUUCACUUCUGGGGCUCACAGUCCUCGCUUGGGGCAAUUCACUUGGAGAUUUGAUCACAAAUUUAACAAUGUCUUUGAAUGGAGAAUCCCAAGGGGCACAGGUUGCAAUUUCAGGGUGUUAUGCAGGGCCAAUCUUCAACAUUGUGUUUGGGCUGGGCUUGUCUCUUGUUGGGUCUUGUUGGAGAGAUUAUCCAUCAUCAAUGGUGAUCCUGGAAGACCCAUUUCUCUUGGAGACAUUGGGGUUUUUGGUGGGGGCAUUGGUGUGGGCACUUAUGGUUUUGCCAUGGAGAGGGAUGAGGCUUGACGGGGUAUUGGGAGGUGGGCUUAUAGUUAUUUAUUUGAUUUCUAUGUCAUUGAGGUUCCUAGUUCAUGAUCUAAAAUAAUACAAUUUUGUUGUGUUGUAUAUAUAUUUUAAUUUUAUAUUGUAUAAUGUUAUUAUUAAUGGU